UGACGGCUGAAUGCUCCAAGCAGCAGGAGAAGCUGGUCCAGAGGAUGGUCUCUGUGGUGGACACUCCCGGCCUCUUCGACACCUCUCUGUCUGAAGAUGUCGUGAAGAGGGAGAUCUCCAAAUGCAUCAACAUGUCAGCCCCAGGGCCCCACGCCAUCCUGCUGAUCAUCAGGGUGGGACCCUUCUCUGCAGAGGAACGAGACGCUGUGAAGAAGAUGGAGGAGAUCUUUGGAGACGGUGCCUGGAGGUACACCGUGAUCCUCUUCACCCAUGGAGACAAAGUCGGAGCAGACUUUGAUGAGAUGUUGAAGACAGCAGGAGCUGAGCUGCAGGAGGUCCUGAAGAAGGCUGGAAACAGAUAUCACAUCUUCAACAACCAUAGAACUGAUGAUCGUGGUCAGGUCCUUGAUCUGCUGGAAAAGGUGGAUAAAAUGGUAGCCAAUAAUGGAGGAGAGUUUUACUCGAACUUCAUCUACCUGCAGGUGGAGGAGAUGCUGAAACAGAGAGAGUCAGAGCUCAGCGAGUUCUACGAGAAGAAGCUGAAGGAGGAAAUCAAAGCAGUGGAAUUAAAGUAUGAGAAGAAGCUGAAGGAGGCUCAGGAGGAGAAACAGCAGGUGGAGGAACGAUUGCAGUCUGAGCUGGAGGAGGUGAAGCGAUAUUAUUGGGCUUUAGAGAGCGGAGUCCGUGAGAUUGUGGAGCAGGUGGCCAAAGACGACUCCUUCAGUGAGAUCCUCACCGAGUUCCACAAGACCCUGAAACUGAACUGA